AUGGCAAUUCCAAAAACUUCUUUGCACAACCGUUCAGCCAGUCUACCAUCCACAUCUCACCCACUUGAUGCAAACAUUGAGAGUCACCUCCGCGGGCUAAAGGCCUCACAAGCAACACCCUCAUCUUCGUCUUCUUUAUGUCAAAGCUUGUGCAGUGUGAAGGAUUUGCAUGAGCAAAUGAACGACUUGAUUCGUUUACCACACAACGAACAAAUCCUUUCACAUAAACACUAUAGGGUUGAGGUUGAAGAGGUUCUAGAUGGAUCUCUUGCAUUGCUAGACGCAUCUAGCUCUGCACUCGAUGCAUUGUCUCAAAUGAAUCAAUCCAUUCUAGACCUUAAAUCAGCUCUUCGUAGAGGGACCGUUGAUGUAGGUGUUCAUUCAUAUGUGAUCUCAAGAAAGAAAGUUAACAAGGUGCUUUCUAAGUGUCUUCUGACACUGAAGAAAUCAGAGAAAAGCCGUGCCUUAGCACAGUCAGAAAAUGCCUGUGCCAUUAUAAGAACUCUAAAAGAGACUGAAACUAUCUGUCUAACAACUUUAAAGUCUCUUCUUCCAUUCAUAAUGGGGAAGAAAAUCUCUCAAACACGCGGUUGGUCCUUGGUUGCGAAACUUGUUAAAUCCAAAACUGUAUCUACUGAUGCUGAUAAUCUUUCAGAAGUAGAGUACAUUGAUCAUGCCCUGUGUGCUCUGUCUGAUAAGUACUCGGCUGCUGAAACAAAGGAUGUGAUGAACAAAUUAGAUACGUUAGAAACAAUCGUUCAAGAACUCGAGAACUCUAUGCAGUCUGUCUCAAGAUGCUUUAUUAAAACAAGGGUUUCCCUUCUCAAUUUACUUAACCAAUAA